GUGUUAUCGCAAUACCACGCUUACUUUAAAAACCAGUUGCAGGCGAAUGAAUAGAGGCCACCGCGAACUACAAAAUACGCGGUAGAUGGUAGCCAGUGGCAGUGGGUCAAAUUUUUACUUGUUUAGGGAGAUGACUUUAACCUUUUGAAGUUGCAGUUAGAGCAGCUAUACUGUUCUACGCGGAAAUGAGUGAAAGUUUUGAAAGCGGAUUAAAGAUGAGAUAAGUGAACAAUAUCAGCUUUUAAAUUUUAUCCUUUAAGAGGAACUAUUUUUGUAUUGAAUCCUUUUGUGGCUUUCUUAAUUUAUGAUAUCAUAAUGAAUAUCACUAUCCCAAGCGAAAUGAGUCGUCGUUUCGACUUAGCUGACUAUGCCGUGUGCAUAGCCAUGCUAGCAAUUUCGGCAGGCAUUGGCGUGUUCUAUGCUGUAACUGGGACAAAACAAAGUACGACGAAAGAGUUUUUAUUCGGCGGAAAAACCAUGAAAGUCCUACCAGUGGCUAUGUCUGUUUUGGCAACAUUUUUAUCUGCUAUUACGCUAUUGGGAGUACCUGCUGAAUCAUAUCAAUUUGGUAUUCAAUACUGGAUGGUCAAUAUUGCAUACUGCUUCGUCAUACCUGUCACAGCCCAUAUUUAUGUACCACUUUUCUAUAAACUUCAAGUAUCUUCUGUAAAUGAGUACUUGGAGAAAAGGUAUAGCAAACUCGUGAGGACAACAUGCUUCGUUAUUUCCACAAUAGCUCAAUUGUUGUAUACAGCAUUUGUAAUCUACGCUCCAUCACUUGUGCUGUCACAAGUGACUGGACUUCAUUUAUGGGUUUGCGUUUUGUCUAUUGGAUUGGUGUGUACAUUCUACACAACAAUAGGAGGUAUCAAAGCUGUUGUAUGGACUGAUGUCUUUCAGACUAUAAUAAUCUUUGGCGCUCUUUUCACGGUAAUAAUCAAAGGUUCCAUGGAUGUCGGAGGUCUUCAAGAAGUAUGGACUAAAGCCCAGAAUUCUGAAAGAACUGGGAUUUUAGACAUCAAUCCUGAUCCCACCGUUCGGCACACGAUCUGGUCACUCACAAUUGGUGGUUUCUUCACUUGGCUGAGUAUCUACGCCGUAAGCCAAGCAAUGAUCCAAAGAUCUUUAACAAUUCCCACUCUUCUGCGUGCAAAGACUGUCAUUUGGCUGAAUCUUCCGGGUAAUAUCAUUACUGUUACUAUGACUAUUCUAGUUGGUUUAAUUAUUUACGCUAACUAUUCAACGUGUGAUCCAAUAAAAACCAAACAAGUCAGUUCACCAAAUCAGAUUUUUCCGUUGUUCGUAAUGGAUAAUCUUGGAUUUCUUCCUGGGCUGCCAGGAUUAUUUGUUUCCGGGAUAUUCAGUGGAGCAUUAAGCACUUUGUCUUCAUCUUUAAACUCCCUCUCUGCAAACACAUUGGAGGAUUUAGUAAGGAGUUAUAUUGCGCCUAAUAUGACAGAACUGUGGGCAACAAGAACUGCAAAAUUACUUGCUUUACUGUACGGUAUCAUUUCUAUUAUUCUUGUGGUUAUUGUGGAAAAUAUGACAGGAACAGUUCUGCAAGCUGCCUUAAGUAUCAGCGGUGCACUCGGUGGCCCUAUAUUGGGAAUAUAUACUCUUGGAAUGUUUUUUCCAUGGCCGUCUUCAUUUGCUGCUUUAGCCGGACUCUUCAGUGGCCUCGGAGUAUGCAUGUGGAUUUGCGUCGGAUCUAUCAUGUUUAAAAGGCCUCACCAAACUGCUCCACUAUCCGUAGAAGCUUGUCAAGAGCUUUACUUCAAUGUCACACAAUCAUUUCUAAAUAUGAAUACUACAGCUUCUACUAUAUCUCCCAGCGACGACGUUUUUCCUAUAUAUAGACUCUCCUACCUUUGGUAUAGUGGAAUAGGAUGCAUUGUAGUUAUAGUCGUAGGACUAAUAGUUUCUUUAGUUAUUGGUAGUAACAAGUAUGACAUAGAAAAGAAUUUGAUGACUCCUUUUUUUUAUAAUCUCUGGAAAUGUGACCCAAAGAUGAAAAUUACUGAAAGAGAGACCAAAGCAUCAUCACUGCCACUAGUUAGAUUAUCGGAAAUAAGGAGAAAAAGUGCACCUAGCCUUUUUAAUAAUAAAGAGAAAAACAAUGAACUGUUUUCUACUAUAUCUUUGGAUGGGGUGUAUCGCCAAAACGUGAAUAACUCUUGAUUAAAUGAAGGUUUCUUCAUUCGGUAAGAAACCGGAUAUUUUUAUUCUGAACCACAUAAAUUUGUGGGAUAAUAAAAAUAUUUAAGUGUAUUUAACUGUGUAUAUAAAAAGCUGUCUGGAGUGAAAAAAUGUUUUAUAAAUAAAUGUUUUAUUUCUUUAA